AUGGGCUGGAGUGACGCAUCCAGUAAAGAUUCCCCGAAAGACUUUCAGGAGUCCGCUACGCGUCCGCGGUACAGUGCCUUCUUUGACAUCGAGUUCGUGGCAUUGAAAAAGGGGCCUUCAAAAGGAAACACAUUGGAUCAGUCCUGCGCUAUACUGGAGAGAAUAAUUAAAAACACUAAGAAGGAUUUUGUUUGUCCUCAAUGCUCGCGUCUUCAGAAGAGCAAAGAUUCUAUAUCCUCACAUUUUCGGAGAAAGCAGGACGAUAUUCACCAAGGGCUUCAGGCGAAGAAUGAUAUCGAGUCUUUCCUUUCCUAUUUCUUUAAAGUUCUUGGAAGGACAGUUCCUAAGAAGGAUCUUCCAUUGGGCGAGGACCGAGGGGGGCCGCCCUCACCCUACGAGUGCUUUCGAGUAAGCCUUAUCGUGGAAUACAAGCUCCCUAAGGAAGACACGGAAGAAAGGGAAGACACGGAAGAAACUGAUGGUGAUUAA